AUGCGCUUACUCCUACCAAUACAGCAAUUCAUUCUCCUUCCGUUGCUUUUGGGGGGCAGACAGAUCCUAUUGGUCCAUGGCCAAGGGAUCUUGAACCAAGUGUUGGAUCAGUACGAAAGCAACAACGACGACAAUGACAACCACCACGGCGGUGAAAUGGGUGAUACUUGUGGCCGACGAAAUCCCUGCAGGAAUGGCCUCGAUUGUGCUCUUUCGCUAGGUCGAAAGGUUUGCGUUCCUUUGACUUGUUUCCAAAGUGCCAUUUCCGAAGCGUUCCCCAAUGGAGAACUCGAAGCGUACUCGAAGCUCAUCUUGGAGGAGGCCGGGAUCUACGGUAAAGACCCUGAAUCAGUUUUCAAUGGUAGACUACUCUACUUCGGGACAAAGGAAUGGACCUGA